AUGACUGACAAAAGUGUUUAUGGAGGCCUAUUCCAAGACCCGCCGUACAUAUCAACGGACCCGGAUCCUGCGAAAACGGAUCCAUAUGACAAGCAGGAUUGCAUUCCAUCCCGCUAUUUGGGCAAAUCCAUGCUAGCGGGCCCCUCGAGGGAUUACUUUUCGGAUAAGUUUCUAACCCUCGCCUCAACCGAGCAAAACGCCGAUGUCAUCGCGGCAAAUGCGAAGCGAUUGCGGACUCAGCCCGCGGGCCCGUCGCCGAAGAACAUCGCGGAUACAGAGUUCCGCUACACCUCCCCUGCCAAACAGAGCACGGGCCCUGGAAGCUACUACGGAUGUUUCCAAAGCAAGCCGUACGAGUACCUUACCGAGCCAUGGGAGGAAGGGGGGAAGAAAAGCAAGCGGGAAAAAAAAUCCGCUGCCAAGGCGGCGGCAGCCGCCGCGGCCCUCGCGGAAGAGUACAAACAUCUCCCUAAUAUCAAAACAAACCCGCCUAAAAAGGGCACCUAUGGCUACCCCGGCCUCCUCCUCUCCCGGGAGAUCUUCAACGAGAGCCUGGAGGAAGGUGGAAAAGGAUUCGCGGCGAAGGGCGCUCCUCACAAGGCGAAGGUGGAGCCGCCCGCGAUCGGCCCGGUCUUUCGCGUACCCGGGGUGAGCCACGCCUUUCUGGAUGAGCUCCCCAACACCGGCGUUUCCGCGAUUUACGCGGAUUACCACCCCCCGGCGACUCCACGGUCGCGUCGGAGCAUUCACAAGCGCGCCGCCGCCGACGUCAAGACGUUGAUUCAAAAGCCCUUUAACUGGUCCGCGUACAAGGCGAGCAACGGGGGAUGUAUUAAUUCGUUUCCGAACGUCUGGAUCGACCCCGCCACACAGGUGUCGGGGAAACCGAGCAAACACCGCAAGGCUCGGGAAGAGGCGGAAAAGACCGAGGUGCAGCGGAUGAAAGAGGCACCCAAAUGGACCCCGAACUCGUUCGGGAAGACUUCCAUCAUAUCAUCCUGUCUGCGUCGAUUUUACUAA